CGCGCGCGCGCGCUUCCCACAAGGGGAAAGUGAGCGGACGGCUUGUGCCGUUCCGGUUUUCGCGUUUAAGAACCUUUUCGUUUCGUUUCGUUUCGUUUCAUUUCAUUUCAUUUCAUUUCACGCUGGUUUGAAAAGGCGAGUAACCGCAGCCCGGGGAUGGACGUCGUGAAAACGUCGCCUGGGUACCGCUUCCCGGACCCGUCCUCGCGCUCCUCCGUCUCCCUGAACCGGCACAGCGCGGGCAAGUCGCGAAGCGCGGCCGAGUUGCGCGCUCCCGACCGGCGCGACCCCGACCUGCGGGACCCCGUCAAGCAGGACCAGGCGUGGAGGGAGUUCGUGCGCGCGGAGCGCCACUCGGUCAAAGAGUGGCACAAAAACUGGGCUUUUCUCACGGACUUCGACCAGCUGGGCCGUCCCAGAAAGGAGACGCCUCUCCCAGCACACGUGUCCGUUUUCUCGGACCGGGUCCCCAACACGGCCAACCAGGCGCUGGGCAGCCGCGUGGGCACCGAGCUGGGUUGCGAACUCCUCCGCCUCGAGCGCCUGGUCCUGCUGAGCUCCGGCCACCGCAAGGUCCGGCCCGACCCCGAAUUGCAGCCCUGCUAGACGCCGUCAGCACGCCGGUCCGCACAGAACCGCUCCGGGUCCAUACAGGGGGAGGGGCAGGCCAAGCACCUAAACUGCAGGGCCGACAUGCAGCACAAAGCUGUGCUACUCACCUCUCAGAGACACACACACA